GAUAUUUGCCAGUUCUUGAAGGGGUGGAGUCUAUGGCGAAAGGGAAGGCCAUUGGUCAGCGGCCGGUCGUCUUGGAGAUGGGACGCUGCGGAGAGUGAAAAGGUUAAAAUAAUGUCCGGGGAGAUCGGAUACCGGAGACCCGGAACCGAGGUGCUACUGUCGAUAAAAAGAAGAAAACCACAAAUCUGCCUCUGGAGGGAUCUCUCGCUGCACGAUGUAGAGACCUUGGAGAAAGCAAAGGGUGCCGAUGACAUUCACAGGGCUCUCUCCCAUAUACUGCAUCUGGACUGUGAUGCAUCCGACCCCCGGGCCUCAGUGAUACUGGACCUGUACUAUUAUACUGUGAGGUUCUGCCAGGACUGUGGGUUUAACAGAGAGCAGACCUCCUGUCUCUUCUCCAUUGUAAAGGAAACCCACGCCGCCUGUACUGAUACCCCUUUGAGUAACAUCGACGCAUGUUACCAAUACUUCAAGGAAUUACUUCUGUGCCACUCUGUCCAUCGGCCUCCAUUCAGCCUGGAACUCUUCACACAGCAGCAGAUUCUCCAGAUAUCCAGUUACAUGAUGAACACUUACUUCCGCCACUUCAAACUCUAUAAAUACGUCUUUACACCCCAGGUGCAUCUGGAUCUCUCCAUCUUAUAUGAAGGAAUGGCAGAGGCAGAAGUGGCAUCAGAUAGAGAGCAAGAGUCUCCAAGGCCUGACAUUAGCAGCGAGGCGACGGCCUUAGAAGAAAAGGGAGAAUGCAGUGUAGCAGUGAACGGCUCUACGCAACCUGAUGAAGGGAGCAAGGAGUUGGAUUUGGAGGAAGGGAAACAGCCCGGAGCAGACAGUGAGACCCCACUACGUCACUACAUAGAACAGAGCCUGGGUAAGGAGGUGGAACGGCUGCGCAGUGAGGUGGAUAGGAAGCUGAGACUGAAUGAAGAGCUGAUGCAGGAGAGGCUGGGGGAGCCGCAGGAUGCCAGAGCCAAAUCUCCUGGGCAACGGAACAAAAGGGUCUCCAUAAAGGGGAAAUAAGGGUUAAUAAAUCAUCUUGAUGGACAGAAA